UGGCUGUGGCGGGCUACGACAGGACGUCACCGGAAGCAGCAUUUGUUUACCUCUGGAGACCUCAAAGACUCCGGAAUCUAAAGUUUGUCGUCCAACUGACUUUGUGAACUGAACCGUUAAGACAACAUGGCUUCAAAUUUAGAAGAGGAACUGUCCUGCCCCGUUUGUCGGGACAUCUUCAGAGACCCCGUCCUCCUGUCCUGCAGCCACAGCUUCUGCAGGGCCUGUCUGAGCAGGUGGUGGGCGCAGAAACAGAUCCGGAAGUGUCCGGUCUGCAACUGGGACUCCGACCGCAAGGAGCCCACGUGCAACCUGGUGCUGAAGAACACGUGCGAGGCUUUCCUCCUGGAGCGCGAAGAUGUCUGCCAGCUGCACUCAGAGAAACUGAAGCUGUUCUGCUUGGACCACCAGCAGCCGGUGUGUCUCAUCUGCAGGGACUCCAAGCAGCACAGCGGCCACGUCUUCCGGCCCGCAGCCGAGGUGGCGCAGGACCGCAGGGAGGCGUUGCGGAAGUCCAUCAUGCCCCUCCAGGAGAAACUCAAGCUUUUCACAAAAGUCAAGGAAGACUUGGACCUGACUGCCCAACACAUUCACUCCCAGGCCCGACUCACCGAGGCCAGGAUACGGAAGGAGUUCAGGAUGCUGCAGCGGGUUUUGCGUGAUGAAGAGGAGGUCAGGGUGGCUGCGGUGAAGGAGGAAGAGGAGCAGAAGAGUCUGAAGGUGAACGAGAAGAUUAAGGUUCUAGACGGAGUAAUGACUGCUCUUUACGAAACCAUCAAAUCUGCAGAGAGGAAGCUGAGAUGUAAAGACGCUGCGCUCCUGCAGAGCUCCAGCGCUGCAGGAGCGGAGCAGCAGCGCCCCCUGCCGGAGCUGCCCCAGCUGACUGCAGGCGCACUAAUGGAUGUGGCCAAACACCUGGGCAACCUGCGCUUUAACACCUGGAAGAAGGUCAAACACGUGGUGUCCCGUACGCCAGUGGUUUUGGAUCCAAACACGGCCGGACCGGGACUUAUCAUCUGCGAGGAUCUCGCUGCGGUGAGGCGGGGAAGCAGACAGAAACUUCCCGGGAAUCCCGAGAGGUUCGAGUCGGAGGGGAUCGUUUCGGCCUCCAGGAGCUUCACUGCGGGGGUCCACUUCUGGACCGUGGAGGUGGCAGACUGCAGCAGCUGGUUCGUUGGCGUUGCAGAAGAAUCGUUCAAAAGGAAGAAACCGAUUCAGUUCAGGUCAGGAUUGUGGGCUGUUUGUUUUUCCAAAGAAAAAUAUUCCUAUUUCUCCCCUGGAGCGCCCGCCAGCUUCCACGUUACAGGAAAACUGCAGGCAAUCCGGGUCCAUCUGGACCUGGAGAGGGAAAAACUGUCUUUUACCGACCCCAAAACCCUCAAGCACAUCUGCACCUUCUCACACAGCUGGUCGGAGAAAAUGUUUCCGAUCUUUUACGUGGGAGGCGUCAAACCGAUGAAGAUAUUACCGUCAGAGGGCGGCGGGCCGGAAGACGAGGACAGCAAGGAGUAGGACGCCAUUACGGAUGAGGACAGACACGUUCCUCAGGGAAAUGAAGCGGCUCAUCCUGUCAGGAGACGCUUCUCCAUUACAAACAUGCGCAAAUCUUUGUCUGUUGCUGCGUUUCCAUUAACCAUAAAAUUGCAAUUAUGAGAAUAAAUUUGCUUAAUGGAAACACGAAAAUCGUAUUUAGCAAAAAUGCAAUAAAACACUUUUCCCCCCACAUUACAGUAGAUCAACAGCCGGAUAUCACUGCUGGUGAAAACAGGGAAGGAGGAAGUAGUAGGAUGGUGAAUAUUUAAUUUUAUUUUAGAACAAUGUGCAGCUGGCUCCAUCAUAGUUCUCACAGCAUCAGGGUUCAUAAAUAGUUGUUCAUCAUCCUGUUGAAUACCAAGCUCUCCUGUAAAAUGGCCGACUACAAUAGGCGGGGCUUGUUGUAGGACACUAAAGUUUCCUCUGAUGGCUAAUAGAUGAUGAUGGCUGAAUUAUGAAUACAUGUCAUCCAGCGUAUACAUCCUCCUGCCAUGAUUUUAUUUGAUCAAAAAACAAACAGACCGCUGCCUGUCGUCAUCUUCGUCGUCGCUGGCAGUGGUAACGUCAGGCUGUUGGUCACGUGACUCCUGUGAUUUUUAACAAAGUCUUUCCAUUGCACUCUGGACAAGUACAUUCAUUAUGGCUGAAAAAACACCUCAUUUCAGCGCAAAAAUCUGUCAUGGAAAAACCCCAGUUUUUUCAAAAUGGGUGUGUUUCCAUUAAGCAAAUUUAUUUUUGUAACUUCAAUUUUAUGGUUAAUGGAAACAUAGCUGGUGUUAAAUUAAAAAUGGUGAAUUAUACUGAAAUGAUGCUGCAACAGAACCGUCACCGCCGAGUUUACAGUGUUUAAAACAAACAGAAAAGAGAUUUCUUCUAAAUUAGGAAUAAAUAAUCCUAUAAAUGAAUGAAUCAACACAUUUGUAUGGAAAAGGAUUCAGGAUAAAAUAAUUCAGAAAUUAAUCUCAAAGUUCAGAGUUUAGACUCAGAAUUAUGACUUUUCUGGAAAUUCAAAUUUUAUUUUCCUUGCAAAAAUUAUAGAAAAUAAUAGAAUCUGUUUUAUCAAACAUUUGUUCUGUAAUUUUGGUUGCAAUAAUGAUUAACAGCUGUUUAGUUCACAGCAGCCUAACUUUGAAUUACAGAAUUAUUAUGAAUGGUCCUUUUCUGUGUUUUUUCCAGAGCAAGAAUCAUAUUGUUGUUACAUUGAUUAAAUAAUACAUAUGACUGAAAAUGUUUACCUAAGAGGAUUAGCAGUUUGACGCAGCCUUGCUGCAUUGUUUGCAUUUUGUUGUUGGGAUUUGUUUGUCAUUUUUCUAGUUUCAAUUGUAAAAAAGAAAUAAAAAUAUUUAGAAACAUC